AUGGCCGCAUUAAUCUAUCCUGACUACCCUCCGACUCUGACAUCAGAGCAAUCGGACUACAUUGUCUCCAAUAUCAAGGACUGGUCAAUUCUCAGUGGCUUGGCUGUGCGGCCCUCUUCAUCUUUUGUGUCGGAAAAGAUAGAUCCUUCACGAUCUCUCGCAGUAACCGCACCUGUCACUCUGUUUCCUAGCCUCUUUCCUAGAGAGUGCUUUGAGGAAGCUCGGGCAAUCCAGACUGCAUAUAAUGAGCUGUAUGCGUGUAUUGCGAAUGAUGAAGAAUGGCUAGGAGAAGUCGUGAAGGAAUUAGCCGAAGUAGAUGAUUUCAUCUCAAAUCUAUGGAAUGUCCAUCAAGCAGUGAAGAAGGAGGGCUAUGUGCAGGACCUCUCUCUGGGUAUCUUUCGUUCAGAUUACAUGGUUCACAAGGAUCCAUCAAACCAAGAGGCCAAGCCCGAGAUCAAGCAAGUCGAGUUCAACACAAUUGCGUCUUCUUUCGGAGGUCUCUCCGCUAAAGUCUCGGCUCUUCACAAGCACCUCCUUUCCAUCUCCGCCUACCCACCCACUAUUCCACCACUCAUAUCUGAUUCCUCGCUCCCUCCCAACCCAUCCAUCGCAUCACUAUCCCGCGGCAUCGCCACUGCCCAUAAAGCAUAUGGCCGCCCCAAAACCAGCUCUCAGUUGCCCCUUUGCACCCUCUUCAUCGUUCAAGAUCUCGAAAACAACGCAUUUGACCAACACGCUUUGGCUACCAAUCUUCUUACAGACCAUAGUGUCCUCACCUUCCGCCUUCCUUUCUCUACCGUACUCGCCCAUACAAGUAUACCAUCCGACUCGCCAUCUCAACCUCUAAUCUACACACCACCACACUCCCCAAGUACCCCUUACGAAGUAACGACCCUGUACUUCCGCGCCGGCUACUCGCCCGCCGAAUACACCUCCCCAAACUCAUGGAAUGCACGCCUCCAUCUCGAGCGAUCAGCAGCCAUCAAAUGCCCCUCCAUUCUGACACACUUGGCGGGGUCAAAAAAAAUCCAACAGAUCCUGGCCACACCAUCCUCGCCUCACUUAUCCCGCUUCUUGUCAUCUACGGCAUCCGCGGCAUACAUAGACCGCAUACAGGUCACCUUCGCUGCCAUCUUCCCUCUUGAUGAUACGGCAGAAGGUAAACACGCGAUCGAAAUCGCUACUGAUCCCGAGAGGAUUAGAGGUUACGUUCUGAAACCGCAGAGAGAGGGCGGCGGUAACAACAUUUACGGAUUGAAGAUACCGCCCUUCAUCAAAUCCUUGGGUGAUGACAGCAAGAAAUACCGAGGCCAUAUCCUUAUGGAAUUGAUUGAGCCGCCUGCGCUACGGAACGGGGUCUUCAGGAAUGGGGAGGUCACGAUGGGUGAGGUGAUUGGAGAGCUAGGAGUGUAUGGAGUUUGCCUUUGGAGACAUGGCCGCGAUGAGAAGGGAGAGCGAGAGAUACUGGAGAACUGGGAGGCAGGACAUCUGUUGAGGACGAAAGGCCGGGAAAGCGAGGAGGGCGGUGUAGCAGCUGGAUUUGGUGCAGUUGAUAGCGUUUGCUUGAUAGACGUAUGA